AUGGUCUAUUCUGUGACUGUCUGGUGUUUUUGCUUUUCUCUUUUGGUUACUUCGUCAGCACAACGUGACGAAAAAGAGAGCAGUGACCGUCACAUUCGGAAGCGUGGCGUGCAAAGUGCGUCUGUUGCUGGUGGUGCUCGUCUCACGUCCAAUCUGCAGGUGACUCCCUGCUUGACCAGCGACAACGCAAAGCCACGCAACUGUCGUCAUGCCCUACAGCUGGGUCACAGCGUGAGUGGCAUCUACGAGAUUGAUCCACGUGACGGUUUGGGCUCAUUCGACGUGUACUGCGACAUGGAGACGGACGGCGGAGGAUGGACGGUAUUUCAACGCAGAAAAGAUGGAUCAGAAAAUUUUAAUCGCAAAUGGAACGACUACGUGCAGGGAUUCGGACAUCUUUAUGGUGAAUUUUGGCUUGGACUAGAUAAAAUCUACCGUCUGGCGACUAGUGUCGAUCUGAGGAUUGAUCUGAUGGCAUUUGAUGGUGAAAAAGCUUACGCUCAGUAUGAGUACUUUACAAUAGGAGAUAGUAGGUCAUCCUACGCGCUGUAUUUUGGACAGUACAGUGGAAAUGCUGGAGACUCUCUUGGAGACAGCAGAACCAGCAACAAAGCCAUGAAGUUUAGCAGUCUUGACAAGGACAACGACUUGAGCAGCAGUCACUGUGCACGUAGUAGUUCUAAAAGAGGCGGCUGGUGGUACAAUGCGUGUUCUUACGCUAACCUAAAUGCUCAAUACAAAUUUGGUGCCACAGGAUCGCUCUACGUAACCUGGAACGGCUUUAGAGGAAACGCCUGCCUGCAAAGAGUAGAAAUGAAACUAAAGUGAGCAAUUGCUCUUCUUGAGCAAAGUAG